AUGGUUGCACUUCUUGUUUUGAUGAGUGCAUGGAUUUGUGGGGAACUGGGGAACAGCAACCUAUUCAAGCGGGUCGUUCGAAAGUUCCUCGAGGACUACGGCACACCUUUGACCAUUAUAUUCUUUACUGGCUUCGUGCACAUUGGUCAGAUGAGGGACGUCGAUGUCGCUACACUGCCCACUAGCAAGGCUUUCUUUCCCACACUCGACCGCUCCUGGUUGGUCAGGUUCUGGGAUAUCAGUGUAGGGGAUAUCUUUCUUGCUAUCCCAUUUGCAGUUCUUCUCACCAUUCUUUUUUAUUUCGACCAUAAUGUAUCAUCCCUGAUUGCUCAAGGAACUGAAUUCCCUCUCCAAAAGCCGGCUGGUUUCCAUUGGGAUAUUUGGCUGCUUGGUCUAACGACAUUCGUCGCUGGGAUUCUGGGAAUUCCAUUCCCGAAUGGCCUUAUCCCCCAGGCUCCAUUUCACACGGCUGCCCUCUGUGUCACUCGUCAAGUCGCAGAUGAAGAUGAUACAAACAAGGGUAAAGCUAUCAGGAUAACAGACCAUGUAGUAGAGCAGCGAGUCAGCAACUUCACCCAAGGUCUCUUGACUCUAGGUACUAUGAGCGGGCCACUCCUCAUCGUGCUCCACCUAAUUCCCCAGGGCGUCAUGGCCGGUCUUUUCUUUGUCAUGGGUGUCCAGGCCCUCCAGGGUAAUGGCAUUACCCAGAAACUGAUUUUCCUUGCCCAAGAUAAGAACUUCACGCCUGCUUCCAACCCUCUGAAGCGAAUUGAGCGCCGCGCCGCGAUCUGGGCAUUUGUCAUUCUUGAACUGUUCGGCUUUGGUGCCACUUUCGCCAUCACCCAGACUAUUGCUGCCAUCGGUUUCCCGGUCAUCAUUCUUCUUCUUAUCCCUGUGCGCUCGUUCCUUUUACCUAAAUGGUUUACCAGAGAGGAGCUUGCAGCACUGGAUGGACCAACCGCUAGCCCGUUCACCAUGGAGAGUGUUGGAGGUACUCAUGGGGUAGAGGAGGCUGAAGCGGUGGCUAGCGGAGCUCAUGAAUCUUCACGCGGAGGCGAUGGCGUGUUGAGAAGUAGGGUAUCAAUUUCCUCGGAAUCUGCACUUGAAGACAAUGACCUAGAACGAGGCGAGUCGUAUGAACUUCCUUCUCGGGUUUCGCGCAGGAGGAGCACGACUAGCCGGUUAGACUAA